CACGAUCUCUACUAAAUUAGUGGAUCGAUUACAUUCAGAUCUGAAAACUAAGACUAAAACUUGUGGAUCGAUUUUGCUUAAUCAGUCAUCUCUAAAAAAUGGAGAACGAAUUGGAUUUAACACUGCGGUUGAGUCUGCCAAGUCCUACUGUUGAGACACAUCUGAGCUUAAACACUCUCACCACUGAUCAGGGGAACAACUUCGAAAGUAACCGCCGAGACAACAACGAUGUCGGUGAGAUUCGUGGCCGCCGUCACAUUCUUUGGAACAACGAUGAAUCGACCAACGACCACGAAGGUGGGAGAAAGAACGUCGACGUCAAUAUCCAAUACUACAACUUAAUCUUCAACCACUUCGCCGGCGUCGGCGAGACCUUGAACUUUGAACCUUUCCCGAUGCAACCAUCUCCGGCUCCUGUGCCGGAGACUCCUACGGGAAGUGACUAUGUGCUGAUUGAUGUCCCUGCUAAGAGAGCUCAACGUAACUCUUUAACGUUUAAAAACGCUGUGGACGCUCAUGCGAUUCUAGGGCGGCGUUGGGGCUGCAGCGGCGCCUGUACAGCAAGAAGGAUUAACGAGAUGAGGAAGUGUACGAACAUGAACUGCAAGGCAAUUAACACUCCUAUGUGGCGAAAGGGUCCUCUUGGUCCCAAGGCAAGUUCAUUAUCUUAUCUCAAAAUCUUUAACUUAUUAACCAUGUUCGAAUAAGUUUAAGAUAUUAACUGCGCUGCUUAAACCUAAACUUUAACUAAAUGAAUGUUGUUAACUAAUGUGUUUCAGAGUUUAUGCAAUGCUUGUGGGAUAAAGUUCAGGAAGGAGAAAGAGAAGAGAUGCAAUGGAACUGAGUGAUUGUGGUUGUCUUUGUAUUUGAUUAAUAUACAAAAAGAGAGAAACUGAAUCAUUGUUAAUUAAGCAUUAUAUGUCUCUGAUUAAGCUUUUUGAGAGGAAAGCUAAACUAUGGAGAUUUAAGCAGAUUUAUUGAAGUGUCAUUUUCAAUAUGUUAAAUAUAUGAAUUUGCAGCUUUUUAAUGAAAAAAAAAAAAAAGUUCGAUGUACCUACAUUAUUAGAGUUUUAACAAAUUAUGCUAAAUAAAGGCAGUAAUUCUUUAAAUAAAAUACCAUCUUAGUUUUUUUUUUUAGGUUUCUUUGAUAUGUUUCUAUUCGUUGUUUCGAAAUCAAUAUGUGCUUCCGUUUCGAUGACAAUAAUUAAGGCUACUUAGUACUUAUAUAUAAGGUAUGAAUUUUAUUUUUGUUUUAUUACUCUUUGUCGUCUAUCUUUACUAGUUAUCGCUUAGAUUUCUCUUGUGAUCGUAUAUCUCCGGAAAGAUUUUGAUCUUUAUUGGCUUCUAGUUCUGAAAAGAAAGUGUUUUUAUUAGCUUAUGUGCUACUUGUGUCUGAUUAAGCUUUUUGAGAGGAAAGCUAAACUAUGGAGAUUUAAGCAUAUUUAUUGAAGUGUCAUUCAUUUUCAAUAUGUUAAAUAUAUGAAUUUGCAGCUUUUUAAUGAAAACAAAAAUAAUGUUCGAUAUACCUACAUUAUUAGAGUUUUAACAAAUUAUGAUAAAUAAUGGCGGUAAUUCUUUAAAUAAAAUACCAUCUUAAUUUUUUUUUAGGUUUCUUCGAUAUGUUUCUAUUCGUUGUUUCAAAAUCGAUAUCUGCUUCCGUUUCGAUGACAAUAGUCAAGGCUACUUAAUACUUAUAUAUUAAAGGUAUGACUUUUAUUUUUGUUUUAUUUAUUCUUUGUCGUCUAUCUUUACUAGUUAUCGAUUAGAUUUCUCUUGUGAUCGUAUAUCUCCGGAAAGAUUUCGAUCUUUAUUGGCUUCUAGUUCUGAAAAGAAAGUGUUUUUAUUAGCUUAUGUGCUACUUGUUUUAAUAGGAUUUUUAGAUGACAAAAAAUAUUUAUUAGUUAUUCAAAAAUACAAAAGCAUAUUCAAUGAUGGAGAAAUACUAUAUAUCAAUAAUUUUAAAUGAAUGUCAUAUUUUUUGUUUGAAAAGAACAUAUCAGAAGUAAUACAUAUUCGCACACUAAUUUACAUAAAAUAUCAUUGGUUCAUCUAGCUACUUUUAUCAGUUUCAGUGUUUUUUUUUACAUAAAUUUUCAAUUUUACAAUAAUUCACUUCUAGUGAUGAAUUCAUUCUUCGUCAUAAGUCAUUUAAAAUUGAAAUAUUGACUUAAAAAGAAAUUCUUAUUACUGAUUUUGAUGCAGACAAAUUUCAAAAAUGUAGUCUUUAUUUUCUUUUCUUUUUUUUUUGGUUAAAAGAUGAUUCAUUAAUUCAAAGACUAGAGUUUCUCCAAAGCGGAGGAUACCAAAAUUAAAGAGAGAGCUGAUUUGGCAAUUGAGGUGAAGGAUCAACUCGACACGCGGAUGUCAUCGAUGAUACUUCGAAUACCUGUCUCAGAGGAGUGUCCAUCGAGAUGUAGAGUGAGAUUUCUGGAAUAUGUGUAGUAUACCACUUCUUGAAAGUUCAUCUGAAUCCCACCAGAAAUAGCUGCCUUAAGGGCCAGCGCCUCUGCAAUUUAAGGCGAGGCAGCAUGAGCUCUGCUAUCAAAACACAUCCACCUUGAACGAACCUAGUCCACAAUCGCAAGAUAAAGGAUUCCAAGCAGCAUCCGGUAGAUAAUCUUUACAUUAGCGGGGUGAUUAGCAUUCAUGGCAAUAAGAUUUUUCGGGUCAGCUUUAGUGGCAGGGAGAUCUGUUGCCUGUUGGUAGUCUUUGUUUUCUCAAAAUACAUCCCAUUGCACUAGCUAAUUUUCCAUUUCCUAUCAAUUUUAAUGAAUUUUCAAAUGGUUUUGUACGGUUAGAAUUAUUCUAUAAGGAUGAGAUUUACAUAUUUUGAAUUCUGGUUAUCAGGUUCUGUAUAGAGAUAAAUAGAUUCAAAUUAAAAUAUAUUGAUAUUACAGCUGUAUGUUUACUAGAAAGGAACGUUAUUCUUGUUUGUUUACUAGAAAGGAACGUUAUUCUUGUUCUUUUUUGAGCAAUAGAGACGUUAUUCUUUAAACCAAUGUAAUUGGUUUUCUUUGUU